ACCCGCCCAACUUAAGCACUGCUGGCCAUCAUCACCAUCAAGCCCCUGAUUUCCAGUUGAAGAAACCCUUUCCUCUGCAUUUGUGUGAAGGCAGCCAUUUUAAGAGAAAGAAACAGACACACGUGCACAAUGACACGCUCACAAAGGCGGGUGGGGCUUGUCGUCGUGGUGGUGGUGGUUGGUGGCUUGUGCCAGGCUGACGGGGGAGGCACUUUGGUGUUUGCUAAACCAAACCCCCCAGCCACCACAGAGGGGGGUAAAAAAAAAGCCCUCUGAGAUCGGCCAUUUCUUUGGCUUGCCCGGCCACUGCUCAUUCACCAUUCACAGAAAAUUCAGAAACUUACAAGUGUGGUGGACAUUCUUUGUGGGUUUUUUUUAUUUGUUUUGUCUCUGCUGCUGUGAUCAUUGAUGUAGAUUUUAUUUUUCUAAGUACUCCCCACACCUUAUCUAGUUCAUAUUAUUUCUGGCCAUACAUAGCCUGCAGUGGAGGAGGUAGAAAAGUUGUCUGGUCUGCCAUGACAACAGAGGCCUCCAGCUGAUUGUAUAGCAUUUAAUUUUAGAACGCUUUUUUUGUGACGUCUUGCGGUGGGGUGGGGUGUUAAUGAAUAUUAACACAUACACGAAUAGAUAAUCACAUUCGAUUUACCAGUAAAUAAAGCACAGAUCACAUUUUUAUUUUGAGAGAUCUUAAAAUUUAGUUGACAUUUGGAUAAAAUAUUAAUAGCCGCAUAAAUAAGGAUAAUAAUAUGUAAUAUAGUACUAUAUGUAAAUAUGUAGUACUGAAUUUGUGAUAUUCGGAUUAAACCACAGUAAUAACCUGCCUAUAAAAAAUAUUAACCGUACAAUUAUAUACCCCGAGGAAUUAAAAUCCACACAGCAUCAAUUAAAAAAAACUUAAUUCUCGAAUAACGGUAAACAAAAAAUAAUAAUCCAAAAAACCACAAUCAAUGGCGAGUUAAAACUCAGCAAAAAAAAUAGUUUUUUUUACUAAAACAGCAAAACAAAAAAAUAUAUCUAAAACACUACACGCUAUUUGUAAAGAAUUAGACAGCCCGUGUCUCUGGGAUCCUUGUGUGGGUGAGUGAGGAGAGAGACCACCACCACGUUCGGGGGGGAACAAAGCCCCCGCGGCGGAGAGGAAGUGGCAGUGGCAGCAGCGGCGGCGGCAGCGGCAGCAGCAGCAGCAGAAGAAGCCACCCAGGACACGAGGCACCCACCACCACCGCCUCCUCCUCCUCCUCGUCCACCACCAUCACCACCACCACCACCAAACUCACUGUCGCCACCCAGACUGGGAGCCGGACCCCAGAGGCAAACGCAGCCGUCUCUCGUCCUCUCCUCGAGACCUUUCACCAUUCCACCCCCCCCCCCAAGCUUUAUAAUAUUAUAAAAGAAACCGGGACCGGUGGGACGGAACUGCUCGGGGGGGGGGGAGGAGAAAAAAAAACACUCUUCAGGUGAUAAGAGCUAUCUGAGAUGGCGGAUGUGGAUGGAGAAGAAACAUUACAAACCCAGGAUGGACUAAAGAGGAAGCUGGAGGAGGAGGAUGGAGAGAUCACCACAGACAUUAAGCACCCUAAGCUAGACCUGCCUGUCGAAGGAGAAACUGACCCAGGUCAGGCCCAAGAAAAUGGCAUGGAUGAAGACUUUGCUGAUUCUGAGCCUGACGGUGAUCUACCAACCGAGUGUGAUGUGCAGCCGGAGACUGUUGCACAUCCCGAGGAUCCUUUAGAGCCUGGGAGUGUGCCACAGCAGGAGAAUAAUGUGCUGCCCUGCAAAGAAUCUUCACCUGAGGAAGAAUUACAAGCCAAAGAUGUCGUUCUGCCCCAAAAUGCUUUGUCCCCCCAAAUUCCAUUGUCCCCCCAAAUUGCAUUUUCCCCCCAAAUUGCAUUGUCCCCCCAAAUUCCAUUGUCCCCUCAGAGUGCAUUGCCCCCCCAGAGUGCAUUGCCACCCCAAAAUGAUUUGCAAGACGAAGAGGAAAAAAUGCAGACUAAUGAUGCAUUGGAGACCCAGGAUGAGUGCCGGACCAAGGAUGCUGUGCAACUUGAGGAUGGUGUGCAAGUGACGGAGGAGAGUGUGAAAGAACAACUACAAGAGAGUGAGGAAUUGGUGAAAGUAAAAGCAGAGCCAAUGGCGGAUGGUUAUGACCAGAAUACGGAAGAAAAGGAUGCAAGCUCCCCUCGUCCUGCAGUGAAAAAGGACAAAGAAAACAUGUGUGAUGAGCCUGUGGACAUGAGCACCAACAAAAGUGAUGCAAAGAAGGAAAAGCGAGGACCAUCACCAGAUGUCAUUGUGCUCUCCGACAACGAGUCUUCUAGUCCCACAGCCAAUGGUUACUGCAAGGACGAGGAGAUUGGCAGCGACUUCAUCAAAUCAAGCACACCAGAAGAACGGGAGAAGAUGAUCAAGCGGCUGAAGGAUGAACUCCGGCUGGAAGAGGCCAAAUUGGUGCUGUUGAAAAAACUUCGGCAGAGCCAGAUGCAAAAGGAGAACGUUACGCAGAAGCCCUCUGCACCGCACGGCACAGGCUCUGCGUCGGCACCGCCACCUCUUGUACGGGGCAGUCAGCAGCAGCAGCUUCCGGGCACCCGGCUCCCAGCUCAGCAGCAAAUGACGAUGCCAAGAAACCAGGGGUCAGUGGUUCCCCCUCCCCUGGUGCGAGGUGGGCAGCAGGGCCCCCCCAAGUUUUCACACCAUCAGUCAUCGCAAGUCGUCAUGCCCCCACUCGUCCGAGGCCCGCAGAUGCAUGGUUCGAGACCUGGUACUGCUCCCCCGCCACUCAUGAUGGCUCCCAGAGUGACGACACCAUCUCAGAUGCAGGGCUCCCGGGGCCUCUCCUCCAGCGGGCUUGUCCGUGUCACUACUGUGACGCCGCCAACCUCCGGGGUUGUCAACUACACACAGAGCAUGGUGCGUGGAUCGGGCGGAGCCAGCUCUUCUCCCACGCCGGCACGCAGCGAGUCGCCCGCCAGCCGCCAGGCGGCAGCAAAGCUGGCGCUGCGCAAGCAGCUGGAGAAGACGCUGCUGGAAAUCCCACCACCCAAGCCUCCCCCACCAGAGCUCAACUUCCUACCCAGUGCUGCCAACAGCGAGUUUGUCUACCUGAUUGGGCUGGAGGAGGUGGUGCAGAGCCUGCUGGAGACGCAAGGCAAAGCGGCACCGCAGCCCAUGGGCCGGGAGCCGUUCAAGUGCCUGCAAUGCCAAACAGACUUCACUGCGCGCUGGCGGCAUGAGAAAGGAGGCACUGUCAUCUGCGAACAGUGCCUCUCCUCUAACCAGAAGAAGGCACUUAAGGCUGAGCACACAAACCGCCUCAAGAUGGCCUUCGUCAAGGCCCUCCAGCAAGAGCAGGAGAUUGAGCAGCAGAUCCAGCAGCAAACGGUCUCCACUCCAACACAAAAUGCCAAAUCUCACAUGCAGCAGCUCCCACUUAAACAGCAGCAGUCCACACGGCCAAGCCAAUCAAUGGUCCAGCGAGGCCACCAGCCUCCACACCGGGGGGUGCUGCACAGCUUCCCACAGCCACCUCAGAUGCAGGCGUCCAGCAAGCUGCUCGGGCUGCAAGGUAAGGCCCAAGUCAGGCCUCAAGCCAGGCCCCAAGGGGGCGCAGGCAGAGCUCGAAGGCACGCCGUCGCAUCCCACUCAGCCGGGGUGAACAUGGCGUACGUCACUCCGAACCUGUCGGGCCAACACAAGCCCUCAACGUCGACGGCUGCAUCACCGGCUGAGCGCCAGCGCGAAUACCUCCUCGACAUGCUACCCUCGCGCUCCAUCUCUCACCCGACAGUGCACCGCCCUGUGAUGGGCUCACGCACGCCCUCCCAGCUGUCGCACGGUGCACGCGCGCCCAUGCAGCAUGGCGGGGCGUCGCGCGCCACUGCGCACCCACAGCAGCAUGGCUCACGGGUCAUGGGCCACCACUCGCAGGCCACAGCGCGUGCCGUGCCAGGCACAGGAUCGUCACCGUCUGGACGGUCCAUGCAGCAGCCAUCGGCCAAUCGCGCCGUCAACCAGACCACGGCACACGGGCGCUCCCUUGCACAGGGCAAUGCAGCACGUUCCGUCACGCAGCCUGCCGGUUCCUGGAAGUAGACCGUUUUGUUUUUUGUCUGCUGCUGUUGCUGCUUGUGGAACCAUUGCCACCUUCACAGCGCUGCAAACUCGGAACGAUCCAUCCCAGUGCACACGGCCAUCCAUAGCUAACGAAAGUAUGGUCUGUGAAUGGCUUGUACGAGUGUACCUGUUGUCACAACAGUUUAUUCACAUCCUACGCCAUUGCUAUGUUUGCCUGGGAUCACCUUCGGUUGCGCCGUGUGAAUUGGAAGGUAUUUUGUAAAGUGGGAAAUGAAAUAAAGUUUGUGAAGCAUUUGGUAACAUUGGCAUAUGCAUAAUUCCUUUCAGCCGUUUUCUGCAGGAGCUCAUUUAAACAUGGAGAUUUUUGUUCAUUAUUUUGCUCGUAAAUCUCCCCAAGCUUUAAUUAGGUCAUAAAUGCAAACAAAAAUCGCAUUUGCCACUUCCACCGCAUAGUGCUGAAGAAUUGUGCAGCUUUGUAAUGUCUUCUUGCUGGCCCAAUGGAGAUUAUUGCACAGUCGUACUGCAUUUAAAAUCAUCUUCAUUCCUCCCAUUGCUCACACUUUGCUGAAACAGUUAACUUGACAUACAGCUGGCUGUUGGGAAUUUGUGCAACUGUGCUGAAAUUGUGAAUUUUACUGUAAACCAUAACGGCACAUUUAUCCUGGCUCUAUAUUACAUUUAAGUGCACAUAUUUCUGUGAAAAUAAAUGUGGCCUUCCCAGUUGUAAUUUUUAUAUUGAGAAAGCUGCACGGUUUCAUUCCCUUAUGUUUUAGAAAAUUAAUUUUGACAAGGUUUGAGUUGCUUGUUUUUAGUGUAAUCCUUUUGGCCAUUUGAGGAAAAGUUGCUGUCGUGUGUGUAAAUAGUCUGGCGUCGAUUAACAAGUUUGCAACUGGGAUUCGUUUUGAUGGUCAUGUCAAUUGACCUACAUUGAUGAACGUGCGACCAACAUUAAAUGCACCCAUAGCCACAAUGUAGACUUUAAAACAGCACCAAUGCCCAAUAUCCCACAGCUCACCUGGCUUACUAUUUGCAUACACAUCACAAGCUGUUAAAUAGCGUUUGUAAUGAAUAUAGUUUGUUAACUUUUUUUUUAAAUCCACAGUUGCAAUUUUUAGUAUUUGCGCACAAGCAUUAGCUGACCAAAUACAGUGAUUUCUGACUAACCACAUCGCUUGCAUUCCCAUCAUUUAGCGAAGCCAAUAGUGUUUGAACAGUGGUAAGUCAAAGUAGCCUUUCCGUGGAAUUUCCAUGGGUUAUACUAACAGGGUGUAAGGUAUAAUAUUCUCGAGGGGCUUAUUCGCCCUCCCACCCCUUCCAAAGUAUGCAACUUUUAAAGGCGGAUUCAACAUCUUUAAGCUAACUACGCGAACUCCCCUUUAUAACGAUAAUACAUGUUUAUGCAGCAGAAGCAUCGAUCUUUGGUGCGAGUCUGCCCUCUACUGUUAAAUAGGUGGAAUAAGAAUUUGUGUGCGCGUUACGUGUAAAUGUUAUCCUUGACUUGCCAUGCCAGUCGCGCACGUUUGAGAUUUUUUGCUGACUUUGUAAAGGUAAACAAACAUUGUUCACUGGACACUGCACUUGUUAACAUUUUUUUGUAAAAAAAAAGAGUUGCAUCUGGCUAGGCUUUGGGUUGUUGUAGAUGUAUUUUUUUCCUUUUGGGAAAAGAGUAUAAACACAAAUAUAUGUAUACGUUGAUAUGCAUUUAUACACGUUGAAGCAUAAAGGCUUACUUCAGGUGAUCACUUUGAUAAAAUGCAGGUUAAGUGUAACUCGCGAUUGCUACAAUGAUAAUAUAAUGCUUGUCGAGUAGCGUUUCUCUCCAACCCACGGGUGAAAAAGUCAACAUGAACAUUGUAAUCUCAAGGACUUAGUUAAAAGCCAUCUGAAGAGCAUACUCGCCGGUUUGCUGAAAUGUAUUGACCCUGAUUAAUGCUGGGAAGAAUGCGGACGAGUGCAGCCUUUGACGCGAUUUCUGCACGCGAACAACUGAACACCCCCCCUCCCACUUCCAAAACCAUUGCCGCCCGCUGCUCUGUAUAUACAGGUAUUUAUAAGACGGUUUGCAUACCAGCAAGGAUGUUGAGGUGUUUUGGCAGUGCGCCGUUUUAGUGGACUUCAAGUGUGUACUUGUGAGUGAGCGGGAUGAAUCUGCAUAUGCAGUGCUUGUGAACCUUCGUGACUGGUUGACAUUAGACCUCUCCCUUGAGGUGCCGACUACGUUUUGCCAACGCAUCGAAACCACACGCGGUGUUCCAGUGCACGUGUUCCUGUUAGACCGAUUAGUGAACAUGUACUUUGGAACACGAGUUAACUGUAGGAGAUUUUCUUUUUUUGUAACAUUGGCUGCGACGUGGGUCAAUUACUGGUCGUGUAGGCUACUGUAUGGUUGGUUAUCUUCUUUUGUAAUCUGAGAAUGUGCACGGUAAUAUAUACGUUCUUCCCCUUCUCAUAUAGCUUUAAGUUGUGUGCAUUGUUUAAUUUCUGUACGCUGUCAACUUGGCGCUCUGUCACGUUUUCAUAUGGCGUGAAUGAGAGCAGGCCAUGCUAGCUUUAGCUUACUGUCGGGUACUAUUUUGUUGUAGCCAGUCGGAAAAUUGUCGUUGCUGUUUUGUAAAUCGAAUGCACGAAAAUAAUCUGAAUGGGGUUCAGUUUUGCAGCGUUUUUUUUUUUCAAAAUAUCGCUCUUCCGCAAUACCCUCACCCACCUCUUCCCCCUCCACCCUCUUUUUUUCUCGAUUUUCCUGAAACAGCGACAGGGUCUUGCAAGGAGAAAUAAGUGUAAAUGUGUUUUUUUGUUGUACCUAUACAUAUGUAAUUUUCUUUAAAGUUUUUUGUUCAUGGACAACGCAGACAAACUUUGAUAUACAUGGUCUCCACGGUAAAUAAAACUUGAACGAUUUCCCGUUAAUAUUGAGAUAGCUGUCGCUAAAGAGAAAUAAAAAAAAGACAAUUUGUUGGGUGUUUUGUGUGUAACGUAUGUAUAGCAGCGAUUGUUAUUUCUCAAUGCAGAGAAGAUUAUGCGAGCUUUGUCUUACUGAAGGAUGUAACUUUUGUACAAUAAAGGAGUAGGUUAAUAUGUUUGAACUUUGCACAAGUGUGGAAGUUCUAUUUUUUAUAAGGCCCUCCCUUAGCGUAUACAAGUGCAGGACGUAUAGCAUUGCUCAAAUCUGUUCCGUCAUCUUUUGCUCUGUAAUUGCAUUCCCUCAUGCACGGCUGGAAAAAAAAGGACGUGUUAUUAAAAGUGCGUUGUAAUAAACUUGUAAAAAAAGA